AUGCCAAAUAGUUAUUUCCCAUCAUCAGUUACAUCAUUACAUUUUAUUGAUUGUUCAGUUUUAGAAUUAAAUCAAAUUCAUUCAAAUAUUACAAUACUAUCAUUACCAAAUGAAUUUAAUCAUUAA